UCGCCCCCAGAGCGCGCACACGCGCGCGCGCGCUCACACACCCGCUCACACACUCACACACUCACACACUCACACACGUGUGCGCUCUCCGCUCCGGAGCCGCGGCUGCUCCCGCUCUCAGCGCCGCAGUGGAAGGCAGGGCCGAACCGCUCCUUCUUUAAAUACCUAAAUUACCGCCCGGCCAGCCUCGGCGGCCCCCCGCACAGCGCUCCCGGCGCCCCUCCCGCCAGCUCGCCAGCUGCCAGCCCCGGGACCUUUUCAUCUCUUCCCUUUUGGCCGGAGGAGCCGAGUUCAGAUCCGCCACUCCGCACCCGAAACUGACACACUGAACUCCGUUUCCUCUUAAAUUUAUUCCUGCCUAAUAGCCACUCGCCUCUUUUUUUCCCCCCAUCUCGUCGCUCCAAGAAAACUUUUUCUUACUCCUCAAAGUUAGGGUUCCCCCUGCCCAUCGUGUAUUAAUAUUUCCACUUUUGGAAAGACUUGCAUUUUCUUUUUAAAGGAAUUCAAGCAAGAUAGCUUUUUCUAUUGGACGUUGACUCUCGAUUGUUUGCAAAAGUUUCGCAUUAAAAAAAAAAAAAUCUACCUGAUCUGUACUUGAGAGUUGUUGGUUUCUUUUUUUUUCUUAGUUUUUUUUUUUUCUUUUUUUUUUUUUUAACUUUUUCCACCUUUAAAAAAAAUGCACUACUGUGUGCUGAGCGCUUUUCUGAUCCUGCAUCUGGUCACGGCCGCGCUCAGCCUGUCUACCUGCAGCACGCUCGAUAUGGACCAGUUCAUGCGCAAGAGGAUCGAGGCGAUCCGCGGGCAGAUCCUGAGCAAGCUGAAGCUCACCAGCCCCCCAGAAGACUAUCCCGAGCCCGAGGAAGUCCCCCCGGAGGUGAUUUCCAUCUACAACAGCACCAGGGACUUGCUCCAGGAGAAGGCGAGCCGGAGGGCGGCCGCCUGCGAGCGCGAGAGGAGCGACGAGGAGUACUACGCCAAGGAGGUUUACAAAAUAGACAUGCCGCCCUUCUUCCCCUCGGAAACUGUCUGCCCAGUUGUUACAACACCCUCUGGCUCAGUGGGCAGCUUGUGCUCCAGACAGUCCCAGGUGCUCUGUGGGUACCUUGAUGCCAUCCCGCCCACUUUCUACAGACCGUACUUCAGAAUUGUCCGAUUUGACGUCUCGGCGAUGGAGAAGAAUGCAUCCAAUUUGGUGAAAGCAGAGUUCAGAGUCUUUCGUUUGCAGAACCCAAAAGCCAGAGUGCCCGAACAGCGGAUCGAACUGUAUCAGAUUCUCAAAUCCAAAGAUUUAACGUCUCCAACCCAGCGCUACAUUGACAGCAAAGUCGUCAAGACGAGAGCAGAAGGCGAAUGGCUUUCCUUUGACGUGACUGACGCCGUCCAUGAAUGGCUCCACCAUAAAGACAGAAACCUGGGAUUUAAAAUAAGUUUACACUGUCCCUGCUGCACCUUUGUACCAUCUAAUAAUUACAUCAUUCCCAAUAAAAGUGAAGAGCUAGAAGCAAGAUUUGCAGGUAUUGAUGGCACCUCCACAUAUACCAGUGGUGAUCAGAAAACUAUAAAGUCCACUAGGAAAAAAAACAGUGGGAAGACCCCACAUCUCCUGCUAAUGUUGUUGCCCUCCUACAGACUUGAGUCACAACAGUCCAACCGGCGGAAGAAGCGUGCUUUGGAUGCAGCCUAUUGUUUUAGAAAUGUGCAGGAUAAUUGCUGCCUACGUCCACUUUACAUUGAUUUCAAGAGGGAUCUUGGGUGGAAAUGGAUACAUGAACCUAAAGGGUACAAUGCCAACUUCUGUGCCGGAGCGUGCCCAUAUUUAUGGAGUUCAGACACUCAGCAUAGUAGGGUUCUCAGCCUGUAUAAUACCAUAAACCCAGAAGCAUCUGCCUCUCCUUGCUGUGUGUCCCAGGAUUUGGAACCGCUAACCAUUCUCUACUACAUCGGCAAAACACCCAAGAUUGAACAACUGUCUAAUAUGAUUGUAAAGUCUUGCAAAUGCAGCUAAGAUUCUUGGAAAAGUGGCAAGAUGAUAACCCCGUGGUGCAGGAUCAGGAGGAGAACAACGGCAAGAACAAUGACGAUGUUUGUAACAAGAAAACAUAAGAGAGCCUUGCUUCAACAGUGUUAAAAAUUUUUGAAAAAAGCGGUACUAGUUCAAACACUUUGGAAGUCUGUGUUCUGUUUGUUAAAACUGGCAUCUGAAACAAAACAAAACAAAACAAAUUGAAGGCUUUAUUCUACAUUUCACCUGCUCUGUAAGUGAGAGAGACAAGAAGCGAAACCUUUUUUUUUUUAAGAAAAAAAUAAACACUGGAAGAAUUUGUUAGUGUUAAUUAUGUGAAAGGAAAAAACAAACAAACAGGAAAAUCCCAUUAAGUGGAGUUGCUGUACAUACCGUUCCUAUCCCAUGCCUCACUUGAUUUUUCUGUAUUGCUAUGCAAUAGGCACCCUUCCCAUUCUUACCUUUAGAGUUAACAGUGAGUUAUUUAUUGUGUGUUACUAUAUAAUGAACAUUUCAUUGCCCUUGGAAAAUAAAACAGGUGUAUAAAGUGGAGACCAAAUACUUUGCCAGGAACUCAUGGAUGGCUUAAGGAACUUGAACUCAAACGAGCCAGAGAAAGAAGAGGUCAUAUUAACGGGAUGAAAAACCAAGCGAGUUAUUAUAUGACCAAGCAAGUCUGCAGUAAGAUAAAGACCCCGAAAACACAUGCUAUGUGCCGACUGCCCAAGGAAGCUUCUUGUAAGGUUCAAAACUGAAAAGCCUGUUAAUAAAGGAAACUUUCAGUCAGAA